AUUCUUCGGAAACGCAGACCAAACAAGAAAUAACUGCCAUUCUAGACUCUGUCUCCGAACUUUCUUCAUAUUUUCAUCGCACCUCUCUUUUCUCCUUCUGAGUUAACCAACUUUCCUCUUCAAAAUCACUAAACUUUUCGCUCCGUUCACCGUCUUCUUCAUCAUCAUCACCAUCUCUAACCACCCUUUUAAAUAAAACACAGUGUCUUAAACAUAAACAACAAAUGAUAAACUUCCUGUCGGAGAUUUUGCUCGUUAAUUAGUAAUUAAUAACACCCCCGUUUAUGUUUCCGGUUUUUGUUCGUUUUUGUUGGAUUCGUUAAGUACUAAGUAAAGAGUUCGAACUUGAAAAUUUGUCUGAGUAUGAAGGGAAAUAAAUUUGUCAGGUUUCAAGAUUGGAGUUCGGACAAAUCGUUUACUUCGGACAAGGGGUCGGUAUAUUCAAGUGAUGAUGGAUUUUAUGCAAGAAAAGUCAAGCCAACAAUAAGCGCUGUUCGUGACAGUAUUCACCGAUCAUGGGAGACAGGUUACGAGAGGAUUAAAAGUAUGAGAAGACCGUCGUCACUGAUAAGAAUCAGUAGUAAUUUGCAGCAGCAGCAGCAACCGGAGAAUCAAGAACCAUGCAGUAAAAAGAAGAUUCUUGAUCCGCAGGGUCAAUUUCUUCAGAAAUGGAACAAAAUCUUUGUUAUUGCUUGUUUCAUUGCGGUUUCAUUAGACCCUUUGUUCUUUUAUAUUCCGGUCAUUGAUGGCGAAAAGAAAUGCCUUGAUUUGGAUAAGAAACUGGAAAUAAUUGCCUGUGUUCUUCGGACUUUUAUCGAUUUGUUCUAUUUGCUGCACAUUAUUUUUCAGUUCCGAACUGGGUUUAUCGCCCCUUCGUCUCGUGUGUUUGGAAGGGGUGAGCUUGUUGAGGUUCCUUUUUUGGUGGCUAAAAGAUAUCUGACUUCCAACUUUUUCAUUGAUGUUCUUUCAAUUCUGCCACUUCCUCAGAUAGUGGUUUUAUUCAUCAUUCCAAGCUUGGACGGUCCAGUUUCGUUGGUGGCGAAAGACUUGUUGAAGAUCAUUAUCUUAUGCCAGUAUGUGCCGAGAAUUAUCAGAAUAUUUCCUCUGCUCGGAGUAGUAACUAGAACUUCUGGUAUUCUUGCUGAAACUACAUGGGCUGGAGCUGUUUCCAAUCUCUGCCUUUAUAUGCUUGCCAGUCAUAUAAUUGGAGCAUUUUGGUACCUGUUGUCGAUAGAACGAAAACAUACAUGCUGGCGUAAAUACUGUAAGGCUCCGAUGUGUAUCUCUGACGAUUUGUACUGCGGAGCUCAUAGAGAUGUAGCUAAUUCGACUUUGAUCAAUUUUUUGAAUGAGUCAUGCCCUAUUAUCUCACCGGAUGAUAUUAAAAAUUCAACUGUGUUUAACUUUGGGAUAUUCUACGAUGCGUUAGAAUCCGAAAUUGUCGAAUCGUGGAGUUUUCCAAAUAAAUUCAUGUACUGCUUUUGGUGGGGUUUGCGUAAUCUGAGUGCUCUUGGCCAGAACCUGAAAACAAGCACUUCUGGAGUGGAGAUACUCUUCGCUAUUGCUAUUUGCAUUGCUGGAUUGGUUUUAUUUUCACUUCUUAUCGGCAAUAUGCAGAAAUAUUUGCAAUCAACAACAGUUAGAGUAGAGGAAAUGAGAGUGAAAAGACGCGAUGCAGAUCAAUGGAUGGCUCACCGAAUGCUUCCUGAAAACCUGAGGGAGCGAAUCAGGAAGUAUGAGCAAUACAAAUGGCAAGAAACAAGAGGCGUGGAGGAGCAGACUCUGAUCCGAUCUCUUCCUAAAGAUCUCAGGAGGGACAUAAAUCGACAUCUUUGCUUCAAUUUAAUUCUGAGAGUACCAAUGCUUGCGAAAAUGGAUGAACAAAUUCUGGAUGCAAUUUGUGAUCGUCUCAGGCCAACGCUUUACACGAAAAACAGUUACAUUGUUCGCGAAGGUGAUCCGGUGGAUGAGAUGCUAUUUAUAAUGCGAGGUGAUCUAAUGAGUGUGACUACGAAUGGCGGAAGAACUGGUUUUUUCAAUGCUGUUUAUCUGAAGGCCGGCGAUUUCUGUGGGGAAGGGCUUCUGACAUGGGCGUUGGAUCCGCAAUCAACUUCCAAUCUUCCCAUCUCAAGUAGAACUGUACAAGCUUUAACGGAAGUCGAAGCUUUUGCUUUAGUUGCUGAAGACUUAAAAUCCGUUGCCUCUCAGUUCCGUCGUCUACACCACAAGGAUAUCCAGCAUACUUUUAGGUUUUUCUCAGUGCAAUGGAGGACGUGGGCGACGUGCUUUAUACAAGCAGCUUGGCGGCGAUACUGCAGGAGGAGGCAAGCGAAAAGCCUACGCGAAGUAGAAGAAAGGUUGCAAGAUGCUUUGGCAAAAGAUGCUGCAGCCUCGCCAAGCCUUGGUGCUACCAUUUAUGCAUCACAAUUUGCUGCCAAUCUAUUGAAAAAUAUGAGGCAAAACGCCGGACGACCGCCAAGAGUGCCGCAGAGACUAGCCCUGGUGCCUCAGAAACCUACGGAUCCUGAUUUUUCUGCUCACAAUCACUAGUGUGCGAGUACAUCACAACUUAAAUUGUUUUGUAUAUAGUACGGUCAUAAUUAUAUCUUAAAUUUAUAUGAAUGUAUUUUUUAAUUGGUGAUUUAAUUUUAAGGAGGUGAAUUUUGUGAAUCUGAAGGUUAUAUAGUACUGGAGUUAAAAGGCUGGGUGGCACUAAAGUUUUGUCGUACAUUUCAAUUUUGUAUAUAUAAAUGUAAACUAGUAGCAAAAUGAUAUUAAAAAUUUAAUUGUUAUUUCAAGCAA